AGUAGCUGAACAAAAUGAUGGGUCACUCUCUAAAACUUAUCGUGUCUGUCACAGCGCAGAUUCCCUCGCACAUUAUCGUAAAACGAUUGGCUGUUAUCACACGUUUGUUUCACGCUCCAAUUUUGAGAGUGGUCUUUGAAUUUGUCGGUCAAAUCUGUGUUUUACAUCAAAUAAAAUGGAGAACCGCCCCCCAAGGCAGAGCUCAGCUGAGAAUGCAGACAUUUUAGAGGGAGGACGGAGAGGGAGAGGCGGAGAGCGAGAGAGAGAGAGAGAGAGGGAGAACAAUAAGUUAAAAGAGAAAACAAAGCUGAGCAGAGUGUAAAUGAUAGGAAAAGGCCAAAAGGGUGAUGCUUAGAGCUCUCAAAGGAUUGGGGUUGUAAAGAGUGCAAGUUUGAAUUUGCUGCUAUGGGUGUAAGUCUUGCUGGUUGAAGUUGUUCUUUUCUUGAUUUUCAAGAUUCAAAUUUUGAAGGGUUCUGGGAGUUUGUUCCUAUGGAGAAUACUACAACAGAAUCAGCGCCGCCGCGGUCGAACGACCUGCCGCCAGCUGAGGAGCUGCUGAAGAAGAUCCAAGAACUAGAAAUAGGUCACGCCCAGUUGAAGCAAGAGAUGUCUAAGCUCAUCACUUCAUCCACAGCUGAAAUUAUGGCUGCUGAUCGUCGUCAGAAGCAGAGGUCCCACUCCAUCUCCCCACAGCGGGCACCACGGCGGCGGGCAGCCGGUGGAGAUGGUAGCUCAGCGGCGGCGUGGAAGACGGGCUCGGCGUCAUUUCGGCAUUCAUCACCGUUGCAGAGGGAGAGUCGUAAUGGGGAUGCAUGGGGUGGCGGCGGAGGCGGGGAGCCUGCAGCAGUUAGGUUUACGGAUAAGCAGUAUUUGAACAUAUUGCAGGCUAUGGGGCAGGCAGUGCACAUAUUUGAGCCUAAUUAUCGGAUCAUUUACUGGAACAGAACUGCUGAAACUCUUUAUGGGUAUUCUGCUGCAGAGGCUCUAGGGCAGGACGCCAUUGAGCUAUUAAUAGAUUCUCGAGAUUUUGCUGUAGCUAGUAAUAUUGUGGAUCGUGUGACAACGGGCGAGAAUUGGACAGGGCAGUUUCCAGUUAAAAAUAAGAGGGGAGAAAGAUUUUUAGUUGUUGCAACUAAUACCCCUUUCUACGAUGAUGAUGGUACUUUAGUUGGAAUUAUAUGCGUAUCAAGUGAUGCCAGACCUUUUCAAGAAGCAAAUUCUGUAAUGGCUGUGCCAAGGGACUUGGAAAAUGAUUCAAGUUUCAGCAGGCCCCGAAAUAUUGCUUCGGCCAAACUUGGACUUGAUCCUCAGCAGCCUCUACAAGCAGCAAUCGCCUCCAAAAUAUCAAAUUUGGCUUCAAAAGUAAGCAACAAGGUUAAGUCAAAAAUGAGGCAUGCAGAGAACUACUCAGAUCGAGAAGGUGGCAGCGGCGAUAGUCAUCACUCUGAUCAUGGUUUCUCAGAUGCAGCUAUGUCUGACCAUAAGGAGGAUGCAGCUUCAAGUGGAGCUAGUACGCCUCGUGGCGAUAUACAUCCUUCUCCAUUUGGAGUGUUUUCUGGAGGUAGCCACGAGGAAAAUUCCCCUGGUAAACCAUCCCGAGAUUCUGGUGACGAGAUUGAAGGGAAAGCUAGGAUUGCUAGGAUCCUUACCUCAAAGGCAGAGGCUUUGAUUGGUAAGAAAGGUUUAACAUGGCCAUGGAAAGGAAAUGAACGAGAUGGAACAGAACCAAAGUCUUCCCGUUUUGCCUGGCCUUGGUUACAGAAUGACCAAGAAAUUGAAGUGGGACAGCAAAAGAGUGCUGCUCCCUCAUUGAAAUCAGAAAAUCAGAUUACUGAAACCAAUCGAACAGCUAAUAAUGAUGCUUCAGGAUCUUGGUCCUCUUCGGUUAAUGUUAACAGCACAAGCAGUGCUAGUAGUUGUGGAAGUACCAACAGUAGUGCUGUUAAUAAAGUUGAUAUGGAUACCGAUUGCUUAGAUUAUGAAAUCUUAUGGGAGGACUUGACUAUUGGAGAACAAAUUGGGCAAGGUUCUUGUGGAACUGUAUAUCAUGCUCUGUGGUAUGGAUCUGAUGUUGCAGUAAAGGUAUUCUCCAAACAAGAAUAUUCUGAUGAUGUGAUAUUUUCCUUCAGACAGGAGGUGGCACUUAUGAAAAGACUUCGACAUCCAAAUAUUCUCCUAUUCAUGGGUGCAGUUACUUCUCCUCAACGUCUUUGCAUUGUAACAGAGUUUCUUCCACGUGGAAGUCUGUUCCGGCUAUUACAGAGGAAUACACCAAAAUUAGAAUGGAGACGGCGCAUUCACAUGGCUUUGGAUAUAGCACGAGGUAUGAAUUAUCUUCAUCACUGCAAUCCGCCUAUUGUUCACCGUGAUUUGAAGUCUUCAAAUCUUCUUGUUGACAAGAACUGGACUGUCAAGGUUGGUGACUUUGGUCUCUCACGUCUUAAACAUGAAACGUAUUUGACAACAAAGACCGGCAAGGGAACGCCUCAGUGGAUGGCUCCAGAGGUUCUUCGUAAUGAGCCUUCAGAUGAAAAGUCCGAUGUGUAUAGCUUCGGGGUGAUACUAUGGGAACUUGUAACCCAAAAGAUUCCUUGGGAAAGCCUCAAUUCAAUGCAGGUAAUUGGAGCUGUGGGAUUCAUGAACCAACGCUUGGAAAUACCAAAGGACGUCGAUCCACAGUGGGCUUCUAUUAUAGAGAGCUGCUGGCAUAGCGAACCACGACGCCGCCCUUCAUUCCAAGAAUUAGUGGAGAAGCUAAAAGACCUACAGAGACAAUAUGCAAUUCAAUAUCAAGCUGGGCGUGCUGUUGCUGGAGAUGCCAGCCAUAAAGAACUAUAGAUACAAAGGGCGUGUGCAACUUUUACUUCAUCUUGCUCCUGUAAUUGUCAGCAGAUGACAGCCAGAGCUGAUUGCAGAUUGCUUGUGGUGUCGGACUGAAACAUCUGGAGGCGGAUACAACAGAACUCCUUUUCUGAUAUAAGCCAAUGACGGAUAACUCUUUAUCUCAGAAUUAGGCUAUCAUGGAUUGAAUGUGUCAAAACUCGAAAGUAGCACUCAAUUGUGUGUAUGUUAUGGUUUCGUUGUUUGUAUGUUGUCACCAUUAUUUAAUAGGAUCUAACUGUUUGAGUUCACAGACAUGGUCUUGGGUCGAUUUGGGCUGAUAAUGUUGGAGUUCCAAAGUCCAGCUGUCGAGCUCCAAAUGUAAGAUAGUGAAACAGUUCUCUUUUUUGAGACUUCUCAUCAUUUUGGAUGUUGUUAGUGUGAUUCCUGGUGGUUUGUCUUUACAUGCUUGACGGUAGCUUUGUACAGGUCCAACCAGACAAUUUCACCCAUGUCCAAGGGAAACUCUCAAUUUAUAAGCAUUUGCUUUUGUACAA